AUGGCGGCAAAAGCAGCAGCGGAAAAGCAGAUCCCGGCUCCCAAGAAAGACACCCCAACCUUCUCUCCCUCGAAAGUCACCGUCCUCUUCGUCCUCGGCGGCCCUGGCGCAGGAAAAGGCACCCAAUGUGCGAACCUCGUCCGCGAUUACAACUUCACGCACCUCUCUGCCGGCGACUUGCUCCGCGCCGAGCAGGACCGUCCUGAUUCCGAAUUCGGCAAUCUCAUCAAGGAAUAUAUCAAAGAUGGCAAGAUCGUCCCUAUGGAGGUCACUGUGCAGUUGCUGGAGAACGCCAUGAUGGACGCCGUAAAGAAGGACAAGGAUGGCAAAGGGAAAUUCCUGAUCGACGGUUUCCCGAGAAAGAUGGACCAGGCGCUGAAGUUUGAGGAGAGCGUGUGCCCCUCUAAGUUCGUGCUGUUCUUCGAUUGCCCGGAGGAGGUGAUGCAGAAGAGGUUGUUGGAGCGUGGCAAGACGAGUGGAAGGGCGGACGAUAAUGAGGAGAGUAUCAAGAAGCGGUUCAAAGUGUUCGAAGAGACUAGCAUGCCGGUCGUCGAUUACUUCGACAAGCAGGGACGAGUCGUAAAGAUUGUGGCUACGAAGUCGCCAGCCGAAGUCUAUAAGGAAACAAGGGGAAAACUGGAGGAGAGAUUGGGGAAGAAUUUCUAA